CAAGCCUGUAAGUUUCGACUCAAGCACCUCGUCUCACGUGCAAGCAGGCGAACAGCACGUGAGGUCGCACAGUGAGGCUACACAGAAGGUGUGCUCACACGUUGGCCGUUAUCAUAUCACAGUACGUAUACUGAGCGAUGAAGACGUUGUUUGCGUUGUGUCUCUUUUUGGCCACGGUAUCCCACGUAAGUGCGACGCCAUCAAACUCAAGUGCAGCAUCUAAGCGUUGUACUAGGCGAUUUGUGGAGUUGCCUGGCCAGCCAUCUUGGAAUAUUUUUCGAAAAUGUAAAGCAGGCCUUCUAGAUUGGCACUACCCCGGUAUGCCUCCAAAUAGGAGCAUCGAUGUCACUAUUAGGCUGGUGAAACCUAGAUGGGCGUGUCAGCGUGUCUGUUUCAAAGUACCUAUUGGUGGAGCGUCCAUGACAAUGAAGAGCAACGACGAAAUGAUCUUUAAUGAUACCUUUCAAUCGUCUGUAAAAUUGGGGAGCAAAGCACCAAUGCCUGAACCGAAGUGUGUGGAAUCACGUGAAGAUCUUAAGGUGGCCAUUCAUGGUAAUCAAGACUUGAACGCCUACUUGUGGUCUAUGUCGUUUGUGGCUGCGCCCUGUGAAGGCUGUGAGCGAUGCUCUGUGGAAGCUUUAACAACUUUGUAUCGUCGAUCUUUAUUUGUUGUCGUGGUAACAGUAAAUGAUGUUGAAAGUGUUAGUGGUGGUGGGUUUAAUGUUUCGUUCAAGUUGAAGAAAUAUUUGCUUCGGCCAAAUGGAAAAGGAAACGGUCUUGUUGCAGCAAUCAGUUCUGUUAUCAAGGCUGGUCGUGUCUCUACUGACUCUUGUAGUAAAGUCUUGAGAAAUGGCAAGAAAUAUGGUCUUCUUUACUCACCUGCUGCUGACUUGGAAUACACAUUUUGUCCCAUCAAAAACAUUCAGAAAGUGAGGCGUGCACUGAAACUGGAAAGUCAGAAAGUUCCAGAAGUAACAAUCACUGCUCUCGGUUGAGCUUGUAAUAAAAAAUCUACUUGAGUAUUAACAGUUUUGGCUGUGGAGUGUGCUGAAUUUCUGUUGCUUGUAGAGUACGUGACAUUUCGACACUUGCGUAUAUUGUGAUUGCUUGUUAGUGUAUGAGUAAAUUGAGUGAGUGUGAAUUGUUUGAACAAAA